AUGGAUGACAAGCAAAAAACUCCAACAUUGGGCGAAAUUACUCCGCAAUCCAUAAUCCGCCCGUUCAUUUGUCAUUAUUGCGGCAUGAAAUUCGACGAGAAAACCCAUUUGCGGCAACACAUCGGGCAUCGUCACAUGCCCCGGGAUCGAAAAUGCCCCGAUUGUGAUGUCAUGAUAAACGAUAUAUGUUACAUUUCGCACAAACAGGUUCACAUGAAGCGGCAUAUUUGCGAAAAAUGCGGGAAAUUGUUUCAAACAGCGAAGCGGUUGGAGGUUCACAAGAGCAAAUCGUGCCCGAAAACGAAGGAAGAGCUCGAAAAAGACCCCGAAUUCAUGGCAAAACGGUACAAAUGUCACAUGUGCAUUUAUCGCGGACCCAAUGAGAGAGCCUUGAACAAGCACGUACAACGCGUUCAUCAAGCAAAAAACAUGGAAAAGGAGAAAACGUGCGAAGUUUGUCAAAAAAAGUUCAAUAAAAUCGCUUAUACGAACCACAUUCGCACGCAUGGCAAAAUCCAAUGUCAAAUUUGUCAAAAAUUCCUCUCCGCUGGCUCGGGAUUCUUCAAGCAGCACAUGUUAAAUCACGAAAAGGAGCAAGAAGACGCCGGAUCACAAAGUCACGAAAUCGCUUUGGGACCUGAUGGAGUGUUUCGAUGUUAUGCUGAGGCCUGUGACUAUGAAACGCCCAAAAAACGACUUUUUGUGAGACAUUAUCAGAACAAACAUGGCCCAAAAUUACUUAAAUGUGACUUCCCCGAAUGCAAAAAUACGGAAUUGAUGAGCGAAAAGCAACUUUGGCGUCAUAAAAACUCUCAUAAAAGGAAAGAUUGUGAAAAAUGUGGCGCCAUUUUCAAUGAAUUACGUGAUUUGAGAAGACAUUUAGCAAAAGCCUUAUGUAACAUGACAAAAGACUCGCAACCCUUUGAGGACCUAAAAUGCGAACAAUGCGAUUAUACGACUUACCAAUCGAAUGCCUUGGUUCGACAUCGAUUGCAUUAUCACGCGCCUGUUGUUGGCAGAUGUCAAGUGCCGGGAUGCAAAAAUCCUGAACUCAUGACAAAAGCAAAGCUGGCAAUUCAUAUGGGGAGACACAAAGAGCAUAAAAAGAAGAAAUACGAGUGCGAGAUUUGCGGAUGGCGUUUCGGAAGUAGUUGGAAUCUGAAAAAACAUUCAGAGCGUUGCGAGUAUAAACAAAAAUUGGAAAAAGAAAUGAACGAAAAAGUUGAAGUUAAGGAAGAACCAAAAGAAGAAAAUGAUAAAAACGAUUCAGAAGAGGAAGAAAAUGAAUUUAAUAACAAUUUUGAGACCGAAAUUCAGAUAAAAAUUGAACCUCCAGAAGAAAUUCCCGAAAAUCCGCUUGAAACUUUUCAAAUUGACAUCAAAGAAGAGCCCCCGCUUGAAAUUAACGAAGAAUACGAAACGAAAUCUAUCAAAAGCGAAUGUGAUAGUAAUGUCGAUGAUCCAUUCCAAUCAAGUUCGGAUGAAGUAAAAACAAUUACAGACCCAUUGAGUCUCGUUAAAUGUCGCGAAUGUAAGGAAUUCCGCCUUACUCAACAUGUGAAACGACGCCAUCCAGAAAUGCCAAAUAUAGAAGAUACCAAAGAUUUCCUCGCUCUAACGGAUGAGCAACUUACGUGUCGUCAAUGUGAACGUGAGUGCCUCGACAUCUUCGAUUAUCGGAAUCAUCUGAGGGAAGCUCAUGCCCAAAUCGAGUACAAAUGCGAUAAAUGCGACUACGUCUCGGAUAAAAAAAAGAAUUUGGGCUUUCAUAUUUACAUGGUGCAUGAUCCAAAUCAAGUUGAAUGCGAAAUUUGCAGCAAAAAAGUCAAUUCAACCCUUCUUACGAAGCAUAUGAAGAGACAUACUUUGCCCCAUAAAUGCAGUGCAUGCCCCGAACGUUUCAGCGGAAGAUGGAUUUUGAAAGCACACAUCCUGAAAUGGCAUCCAAAUCGAGAAGAUCUCAUCGCAGCCUUGAAUGAAGACAUAAAAAGUAAUAAAAAUUCACGAAAAAUUGAAGUUUCUGAAGCGAAACCGAUUCAAUGUGACCAUUGCAAUUACAAAACCGCGAAUCGUGUGAGUUUUUUCAAACAUUUCCAACGAAUGCAUUCGCUUGACAGAGUAAAUUGCGAAAUUUGUGGCAAUUCUGUGAGUCGAAUUGACUUGAAACGUCACAAUUUGACGCACGAAAACCCUUCAACGAAGAAUUUCAUGUGCGAAAGAUGCAGUCGAACCUUUAAGCAAGAACGUUCGUUGGAAGUUCAUCGAAUUUCGUGCAUCGGGCAAGUUCAAUUCAAACUAAGCAAUCACAAAUGUGAUCAAUGCGAUCACACAACAGGCACGAAAAAAGGUCUUCGAAACCACAAAUACAGCGUUCAUGCUCCGAAAGACGCACAAUGUCCCGUUUGUCAAAAAUGGAUGACAAAAAUGAAACUUUCGGGUCACAUGAGAUGCCACGUAAAAAGAAUCGCCUGCGUGAUUUGUGAAAAAUCUAAUUUCGCAACAAGUUGGCAUCUUAAAGUUCAUAUUUUGAAAGUCCAUCCAGGUAACGAACAUAAAAUAAUCGAAGAAGGAUUGAUAAAAAAGCCUCGGAAAAUUGUGACAGCUGAAGGAAUAAUUUACAACAAAGUCGAAUGUCCCGAAUGUAAAAAGAUGGUUCGCGAAACGAGAUUAAGUGUUCAUAUGAUGAUCCAUAAUAAGAGAUUUUCGUGCCCGAAUGAAGGAUGCGAAUCAAUGUUUGCACAUCAGUGUGCCAUAAAAACUCAUUUAUUAACGUGUAGGAAACGACAAAGGGAUCCUGAAGAAGUUAACAAGAGGAAAAGGAAAAGCAAUGAAAAAAUUGAAGGAAAUUUUGAUGAGACGUCAAGUACAAAUCAAAAUUAGACUGAUAUUUUACCUUGAAAAAAAAAGUCAUAA